AUGGAUCAGUACGUUCAAGCAGCAGUCUUCACCCCGCGGGCCAACAGCCACGACGGGUCGACCACAUCAUCUGAAGAGACAACAUUGCAGGGCCGUCUCUCCAGCCGCAAAGGAUCCAUCGCCAGUAUUUCCAACCACCAGACGUCUACGAUGCGCAGCUUGCCCAGAAGAGGGCGGAAAACUCCGGUCGGCAACAUCUCACUGAACACCAAAGUCAAGCCGGCAUACUCAGUCUUCACGUCGCCCGGGUCCUUCGAGCAACUAUACAACGAGAAGGCCUAUCUCCAUGCGUCGCUGAGGGUCCAAGGCGGAAGGUCCUUCGAGCUCAUGAGAAGACUUACCAUUCUACACGAGAAGAUGGACAUCGGAUUGCCGUCCGACGAGAGACGCAAGGCGCGGAAGAAGGCGGCCCUGAUCAAGAGCAAGAUCACAGAGGCGGCCGCGCAGGAGAAGGCCAUCUCGAUCAGGCUCUGUGACAUCAACGCGGAGCUCAGCAUGAGAGAACGGUGGAUGCAGGUGCAGCACGAGAUUUACGACCGGCGGUACCCCUGGUGGGCCGUCGACUCCUCGCCCCUCGGCGGCUACAUCGCGACGCCCUCUGAUUUCACUCCGAUCGCCCCGACCCCUCUGGAUGCGGCCUCGCCCGUCUUCUUCCCCGUGGGAUACUAUCCCGUGUACAGCUCGGUGCAGGUGCUGUCGCCGUGUCAUGAGCCGGAGGCGCUCGAAUCAGCCGCCCCUGGCUUGUGGGUCGACAACGAAAUGCGCGAGACAGCGAUCGACGCUCUGGGAAAUCACGGCUUGCGAUUUUGCUAUGACGGCCGAGAGAAGCUAGACUGUGCAGUCACCGAGGAGUGUGGUGAGCUUGCAGGAGUGGGCAGCCAGAAACGGAGGGGCAGGAGGAUGAGCCUGCCGUCUUUGCGGUGCCUGUGGCCGGGGCAGCAGGAACCGGCGCUAUGUUCGUAG